AUGGUCGCCCUCACGGCAUGGCUGGCUAUAGCGCCGCUGGUAUACGCCACCACUCUGACCACCCCCGCCACAUCCCCCCAGUUCACCAUCCCCGCCUCUGCGGAUGUUGGCGCCCAAUUGAUUGCCAACAUUGAUGACCCCAAGGCCGUCAAUGCGCAAUCGGUUUGCCCGGGAUACAAGGCAUCGGGGGUGGAACACACCCCUCAUGGCUUCACGGCCAGUCUACAGUUAGCAGGGAAGCCCUGCAAUGUGUACGGUGAUGACGUCGACUCCCUGUCUUUAUCGGUUGAGUACCAGGCAGAGGAUCGUUUGAACAUCGUCAUCACCCCUUCCCACGUAGAUGCCUCCAACCAGUCCUGGUACGUCCUCUCGGAGGCACUGGUCCCACGACCUCAAGCCUCAACCAAAGGGUGGGGCCACCGCGGUCAGCUGCAGCUGGAAUGGUCCAACGAGCCUUCUUUCAACUUCAAGGUCACCCGGCGCGCCACCGGGGAUGUCCUGUUCAACACGGCAGGCUCUGUGCUGGUCUACGAAAACCAGUUUGUCGAGUUCGUCACCUCCCUCCCAGACGAGUACAACCUGUACGGGCUGGGAGAGCGCAUGACGCAGCUCCGGCUUCUGCGGAAUUCGACCUUGACUACGUAUGCCGCGGAUAUUGCCGAUCCCAUCGAUGAUAAUAUCUAUGGCCACCAUGCAUUCUAUCUAGAUACCCGGUACUUCCGCAAGGGGAGUGACGGGGACCAUACCCCGGUCAAGGCCAGCGAAGCGGAUAGCACCAAGGAAUAUGUCUCCUUCUCGCACGGCGUGUAUCUGCGAAAUGCCCAUGGCCACGAGGUGCUCUUGCGCUCCAAGGGCCUGACCUGGCGCACGCUGGGCGGCAGCAUCGAUUUGACCUUCUAUGCCGGGCCCACCCAGGCCGAUGUGACCAAGCAGUACCAGCUGAGUACCGUGGGGCUGCCGGCAAUGCAGCAGUACAACACCCUCGGGUUUCAUCAGUGCCGUUGGGGGUACAAUAACUGGUCGGAAUUCCAAGACGUGGUAGACAACUUUGAGCGAUUUGAGAUUCCCUUGGAAUACCUCUGGGCGGAUAUCGACUACAUGCAUGGAUACCGGAACUUUGACAAUGAUGAGAACCGAUUCUCUUACGAGGAGGGCGCAAAGUUCCUCGACAAGCUCCAUGACGGGGGCCGUCGCUGGGUGCCCAUCGUGGACGCCGCGCUGUAUAUCCCGAACCCAGAAAAUGCAUCUGACGCUUAUGAAACCUAUACCCGAGGGGCCAAAGAUGACUUGUACAUCAAAAACCCCGACGGAAGCUUGUACAUUGGGGCGGUGUGGCCCGGGUACACCGUGUACCCGGAUUGGUCCCAUUUCCAGGCGGCUGCCUUCUGGGCCAAUGAGCUGGUAACCUGGUACAAGAAGCUGGCGUACGACGGCAUCUGGUACGACAUGGGCGAGGUGUCGUCCUUCUGCGUCGGCAGCUGUGGCACCGGGAACUUGACCAUGAACCCCGCACACCCGCCCUUCUCCCUGCCGGGUGAGCCAGGCAAUGUCCUGUAUGACUAUCCCGAGGGAUUCGAGGUGACCAACGCCACCGAGGCUGCCGCCGCCUCGGCCAGCUCAUCCAGCCAGGCGGCUGCCCAACCGACAACCUCCUCCACCACUACGUCGUACCUGCGGACUACCCCCACCCCGGGGGUCCGCAACGUGAACCACCCCCCGUACGUGAUUAACCACGUGCAGACCGGCCACGAUUUGGCCGUGCAUGCCAUCUCGCCCAACUCCACCCAUGUGGAUGGGGUCCAAGAGUACGAUAUACACAGCCUGUACGGCCACGAGGGCAUCAGGGCAACCUACAAGGGCUUGCUGGAGGUGUUCCCCGGCAAACGGCCGUUUAUCAUCGCGCGGUCAACGUUCUCAGGCUCGGGACGGUACGCGGGUCAUUGGGGAGGAGACAAUUUCUCCAAGUGGGGAUCUAUGUACUUUUCCAUCUCCCAGGCCCUGUCUUUCUCGCUGUUUGGCAUCCCCAUGUUCGGUGUCGACACGUGUGGGUUCAACGGCAAUGCCGAUGAAGAGCUUUGCAACCGGUGGAUGCAGCUAUCGGCGUUCUUCCCCUUCUACCGGAACCACAACGUGCUCUCUGCCAUCCCGCAGGAGCCUUACCGCUGGGCAUCGGUCAUCGACGCCACCAAGUCGGCGAUGCGCGUCCGCUACGCGCUCCUCCCGUACUUCUACACGCUGAUGCAGCAGGCCCACGAGACCGGGUCGACCGUGAUGCGCGCGCUGGCCUGGGAGUUCCCAGAUGACCCUACCCUGGCGGACGUCGCUACGCAGUUCCUCGUGGGGCCAUCCAUCAUGGUUGUACCCGUGCUGGAGCCGCAGGCCAAGACCGUCAAGGGCGUCUUCCCGGGCGUUGGUCGCGGUGAGGUGUGGUACGACUGGUACACGAAGACCGCAGUGGACGCGAAGCCAGGCGUGAAUACCACCAUCCCGGCCCCUCUGGGUCACAUCCCCGUGUACAUCCGCGGCGGCAGCGUGCUGCCCCUGCAGGAGCCCGCGCUGACCACACGCGAGGCACGCCAGUCGCCAUGGUCGUUGCUGGUGGCGUUGGGGACGGACGGCACUGCUACGGGAGAUCUGUACCUGGACGACGGCGAGAGCAUCGAUCCGGAGAGCACGCUGACGGUCAACUUCGAGGCGUCGCGGUCACGACUGCGGGCGACAGCAGAGGGGACCUGGCAGGAGUCAAACCCUCUGGGGUCGAUAACGGUCCUGGGCAUCAAGAAGUCUCCGAGAACGGUGACGCUGAACGGGACGCCUGUGCCUGUGGACGCUAUGCUGUACGAUACGGACUCGGGAACCCUGUCUCUGAGUGGGCUGGAGAAAUUGACUGGGAAGGGGGCGUGGGGCAAGGGAUGGGUGCUGAAAUGGUGA